AUCUCUGAAUUCUAACAACUUACGUGGAUCCAUCCCUGGUUCUCUUGGUAACCUGUCAGAACUUACUUGGUUAGAUAUAACCGACAAUGAGCUUUCUGGACCCAUUCCUGUCUCCAGUGAAAAUAGCCUCGGCCUGGAUAUGUUGACCAAUUGCAAGCACUUUCAUUUUGGCAAGAACAAUCUCUCUGGAGCCAUUCCACCCAAACUCUUCCACUCAGACAUGCGUCUGCUACAUGUGCUUUUUGAUAGCAAUAGCUUGUCAGGAAGCAUCCCUCCCACGAUAGGACUUGUGCAAUCCUUGACAGCUAUUCGUCUUGACAGGAAUCACUUGAAUGGUUAUGUUCCUUCAAACCUCAAUAAUCUUACCAGCCUUACAGAAUUGCACUUAUCGAACAACCAGCUGAUUGGUCCCUUCCCAAACUUAACUGGAAUGAAUGCGCUUAUUUAUUUGGACUUGAGCAACAACAGUUUCGAUGAGUCGGAAGUUCCACCUUGGUUUUCAACUUUGUCAUCAUUGACAACAAUAAUGUUGGAAUACUUAAAAGUUGGAGGGCAAAUACCAACGUCUCUAUUUGAGUUUCCACAGCUACAGACUGUGAGGUUUAGGAACAACCAGUUUAAUGGCACUUUGGAUCUAGGAACCAACUACAGCAGCCAGCUCUACCUUGUUGAUCUGCAGAACAAUGAUAUUCAAAAACUCAACUAUGGAGUGUACCCCAACCAACUAAUACUUGAUGGCAAUCCAUACUGUAACCAAGGGGGAACAAGUGACAGCAAGGAUUGCACAGUUCCACCACAAUCCAAUUCCACUGCAUAUGUGACUCCCAUAUUGAAUUGUGGGAACAUUGUCUGUCCUUCAGAUCAAGACCUCAGUCCUCAUUGUAACUGCUCAUAUCCAUAUGUGGGCACCAUAUAUUUCAGGUUUAUUACCUUCUCAAACACAGAUAAUCCAAAACAUUAUCAAGUUCUGGAAGAAGGUCUCUCCAAGACAUUUGAGGAUAACCAAAUUCCGGUGGACUCGGUGUCCGUCCAAGACCCACACAUAAAUAACAACAACUACCUUCAAAUUGAUUUCUGGUUCUUUCCAGCUGGAAAGUUACGUUUUGAUGCAUACGAUGUUGCUAAAAUGUCGAACUUGUUCAGCAAUGUAACCUUCAAGGCCCCAUCUGAUUUUGGUCCCUAUUAUUUCAUUGCAAGACCAUAUACGGAAGCUGAAUUGGGUUCGAAAUCAAAAAAAGUGCCAGUGAUUGUUGGAGCAACAGUUGGUGCAGUGGUUCUUGCACUUAUAGUUAUCAUUUUGAUCAUUUUUGCACUUCGACAAAAGAGAAAGGCUUCAAAGGCUAAAGAAUUAAGCCAGCCUUUUGGAUCUUGGGACCCGAGCAAAAGCAGUGGUAGCGCUCCAGACUUGAAGGGCCCAAAAUGGUUUUCAUUUGAAGAAUUGAAGAAAUGCACGGACAACUUCGCAGAGCACAAUGACAUUGGGACUGGUGGUUAUGGAAAGGUUUACCGAGGAACACUUGCUAAUGGGCAACAAGUUGCCGUCAAAAGAGCUCAACAGGGAUCCAUGCAAGGUGGCCUUGAAUUCAAAUCAGAGAUUGAGACACUGAGCAGGGUUCACCAUAGGAACCUCGUCAGUCUUGUUGGCUUUUGCUUUGACCAAGGUGAACAAAUGUUGGUGUAUGAGUAUGUUCCAAAUGGCUCUCUAAAAGAAAGUCUCUCAGGUAAGUCUGGAAUUCGUUUAGAUUGGAAAAAGAGACUUUGGGUUGCCCUUGGUGCAGCAAGAGGUCUUACUUACCUACAUGAGCUUGCAAACCCCCGGAUAGUUCAUAGAGAUAUCAAGUCAAACAACAUCCUUCUUGACAAUCAUCUAAAUGCAAAAGUUUCUGAUUUUGGUCUCUCUAAGCCAAUAGGCGAUGAAAAUAAAGGUUACAUUACAACUCAAGUUAAAGGGACAAUGGGCUACUUAGAUCCUGAAUAUUAUAUGACCCAGCAGUUGACUGAGAAGAGUGAUGUGUAUAGCUUUGGUGUUCUACUUCUGGAACUGGUAACUGCAAGAAGACCUAUAGAGCGAGGACGACACGUUGUAAGGGAGGUUAGGGCUGCUAUAGACAAGUCGAAAGAGCUGUGUGGUCUCCAUGACCUUGUUGAUCCUAUAAUUGGGUUAGGCACCACACCAGCAGGGUUUGGUCGAUUCAUCGACCUGGCGAUGAAGUGUGUGGAGGAAUCUAGUGUUGAUCGGCCUUUAAUGAGUGAGGUGGUGAAGGAGAUUGAGAACAUCGUUCCAUUGACUGGCAUGAACCUGCAUGUCAGAUCCACUUCGACUUCUGAAAGCUUUGUAACAAGGACUAGGGACCACCCGUACAGCAGCAACUCUUCCUUUGAUUACAGUGGUGGGCCAUUUUCUCCCAAGAUAGAACCUAAGGGACAGUAAUGAAAGCUAACAGCAUUUUAGGAAAAGAAAAUCAGAAACUGGAUUCUCCCCCUCUCUUUGAUAAAGACUCAAAAUACAGGCUAAAGUCAAUUGGUAAACUGGAAGUUCCUAUUUAUGCAAU